CCUCCUGACGGACGCCGGGCCGACCGCCGAAGCCGACCGAAAGAAAGUCGAACUCGUCACUCGCCAUUUUGCCAUUUUGUUUUGAUGAUUGAGCUUUUGACUCUCUUGAGUUUUGCAAUUUGCUUGUUUAAUAUCUGUGUCGUGUUGAUAACUAACUUAAGUGAUCGUUUUCCAUUAGUUUAGUGUCAAAUCAGCACUCAGCAGCAAUUAAAGCAAGAAAAUGUGGGUGGUUGCCUGUUUUCUUCAAGAAAACAACACAAUUGAAGUGGUGCCCCAGUGUUGGGUAAAGGACGACAAAUGCUUUUGGCCUAUAGUGGCCAGAGAUAAGCUUAAGCGAUUUAUUGAGGGGCAGGUCAGGCCAGAUGAGGAUGGGGAAUGGCAGCUGUACGAUGUCAGGAUUAUUGGAAAACCAUAUGACAAUGUACAGAAGGCUCGACAGAGGGCCAAUGUUGCCCUCACAAGGUCAGAUAUAGACACUGACGACAACUUAAAAAGAAAAGCAAAGCCAAACAAGAAGUAUUUUAACUUAUCACCUUCCUCAUCUGAGUCUUCCCUCAAUUCGAGUGUAUCUCAUGACGAUGAACCCUCAUCAAAGAAAGCCAAAAAAUGUCUUUGGGCUCAAACUGAGAAGACGUCAAAAAAAAACACGAGCCCGUUGAAGAGACCUAAACCAUUUCCUCAUACAAGCAUGCAUGCAAGAAAAUCUCCAAAGAAACCCCACAUUGAAUCAAAAAUUGAAGAGAAUAGGAGAAAUAAUAUUGAAUCACCAGCUUCCUCCAAAACUGAUUCCAAUUCCGGCAAAAAGGCAGAAGAAUCAUUUGAAACUAUAUGCAUAAGAAAUCAAAAUUUCAUCAAAGAGAUGCUAUUGACUAUUAGGGGAGACCUAAGCAAACUCCAAGAAAAAAUUGCAAAUAUUGAACAAGCUAGAUUGAUUACAGAAGUCCAGCUGACACAAAAAGUGUCAGAAUUUGUUAAUCACUUGCCCUGUAAAACUCUUGAAGAGUUAAAUGAACUUGAAGAUAACCUGGCUGACAAAAAAAAAGAAACUGAAAUGAUAAACUAUCUGGUAAGAGUUGGAGGAGCAAACGCUGCUGACUGCUGCAGGAGAGCCCUUCGCGCCUCCAUUACAGAUGAGGUAGCCUGCUUAUAUAGUUGGGCUGGCCAAAAAGGAAAAAGGGUCUUUUCAAGACUCAAAUUGAGAAUGGCAAUAUCAAAAGCUGUCAUUGCUUCCUUUCCGGAAGCAACGGAAAAGGUUGUAGAGGGCGGCAUCAAAGAUUGGCUCCGACCAUCCACAAAUCGCCUCCUGAGUAAACAAAAAAGGAAACCAGUUGAGGGAGGCCAGGAGGUUGGGGAUGCGGCGUAAUCACCAGUGUGGAAAGUUGAACAAUCUUGAGGGGGGAGGGGGAUUCUCAUCUGAGGCAAUGUGAAAUGUCAUUAAUAAAUAGAUU